GCCCUUAAACCCUAAUAUCCCACCACGCAGCUACAAACAUUCAUCAUCUCCGUUAGACCCUAACCCUCAUCUUCCCUCAACCACAGCUCCAUGGGGAAAGUGAAGGGAAAGCACCGCUUGGAUAAAUACUACCACUUAGCCAAAGAACACGGGUACAGAUCCCGUGCCGCCUGGAAACUCGUCCAGCUUGACUCCAAAUUCGGGUUCCUCCGCUCGGCUCAUUCCGUGCUUGACCUUUGCGCCGCCCCUGGAGGAUGGAUGCAAGUCUCCGUCGAGCGUGUUCCCGUCGGCAGCCUCGUCGUCGGUGUCGACCUCGAUCCGAUUCGACCCAUUCGUGGCGCCAUAUCGGUGCAGGAAGAUAUAACUGAGCCUAAGUGUCGAGCUACUGUUAAGAGAAUUAUGGCGGAGAACGGAUGCCGAGCGUUCGAUUUGGUGUUGCAUGAUGGUUCGCCGAAUGUUGGUGGUGCAUGGGCGAGGGAGGCGACUAGUCAGAAUGCGUUGGUUAUUGAUUCGGUGAAGCUUGCUACUGAGUUGUUAGCUCCGAAAGGAACUUUUGUCACGAAGGUUUUCAGGUCUCAAGAUUAUACAGCUGUUCUAUAUUGUCUUCGACAGCUGUUUGAGAAGGUUGAAGUGGACAAACCGCAAGCUAGUCGAUCAGCAUCUGCUGAAAUUUACAUUCUGGGUUUGAAGUAUAAGGCACCUGCCAAGAUUGAUCCUCGUCUUCUUGAUGUCAAGCAUCUCUUCCAAGGAGGAAAAGAACCUCCAAAGGUCGUGGAUGUACUCAGAGGAACGAAGCAGAAGAGACACCGUGAUGGGUAUGAGGAUGGAGACACAACAUUGAGGAAGUUGUGCCCUGCUUCUGAGUUUAUUUGGUCUGAAGCUCCUCUUGAGAUCCUUGGUUCUGUCAGUUCUAUAACCUUCAAUGAUCCAGCAUGUUUGCCCAUAAAAGAUCAUACUUUAACAACAGAGGAGGUUAAAUCACUAUGCGAUGAUCUGCGUGUUUUGGGAAAACAAGAUUUUAAGCAUCUUCUGAAGUGGCGCAUGCAUAUGAGGAAGGCACUAUCUUCUUCAGAGAAAGCUCCUUCUGUUACCAGUAUUGUAGAACAUGAGAGCAAGGAAGAUGAAGAUGAGCGAGUUCUUAAUGAAAUGGAAGAGCUGACAGAUGCCAUGGAACGGAAGAAGAAACGGGCAAAGAAAAUUCUAGCAAAAAGGCAUGCCAAGGAAAAAGCUCGUAAAGCAUUGGGCAGGCAGAUGGACGCGGUGGAGGAUGGUUACAUUGAUCAGGAAUUAUUCUCCUUAUCAUCCAUCAAGGGGAAGAAAGAUCUUGUAGCUGUUGACAACAAUGAAUUUGACGAUGAUGCUGGUGACAUCAGAAACAGUGAAAGUGAAGAAAGCCAUGAUGAAGCUGAAGAGGACACAUCUAGUGAUGUGGACUCUGAGGAAGAACGAAGGAGGUAUGAUGAACAGGUGGAGAAAUUACUAGACGAAGCAUAUGAACGUUUUGUGGCUAAGAAGGAUGGGAGUACCAAACAGAGAAAGCGAUCAAAGCAAACAUACUCAAAUGAUGAUCAACUUUUAGAGGAUGAUGGUGACAGCAGACUUCACUCUGAUCAAGACUCAGACAAUGAUGGUGCUAAUCAUGAAGCAAACCCUCUUGUGGUACCACUCUUGGAAAAUGCACCCACUCAAGAGGAGAUUGCAGCACAAUGGUUUAGUCAGGAUGUCUUUAUGGAUGAGGAUGAACAUGAGGAGUUGGAUAAGGAUGAUAGUGAAGAUGAAAUGCAGGUGGAGGCACCUCCAGUACAUCCAAGAGUCGCGGGGAAGAAAAUGGAAUAUUCUCCUGAAGGACCCAGCAGUAAGAAGAGUAAGUUGCAGUCGUUGCAGCCUUCGAAGGUAGAAGAUGGCUUCGAAAUAGUUCCUGCUCCUGCAACAGAUUCAAGUGAUUCAUCAUCAUCCGACGACUCGGAUGAAGAUGGCAUUGAAACGAAAGCAGAAAUAUUGGCUUGUGCAAAAAAGAUGCUGACGAAAAAGCAGAGAGAAGAGAUGUUGGAUGAUGCUUACAACAAGUAUAUGUUUCAUGAUGAGGGAUUGCCUAAGUGGUUUCUGGAUGAGGAAAAGAGGCAUCGCCAGCCAAUUAAGCCUGUGACAAAAGAGGAGGUAGCUGCAAUGAGAGCACAAUUUAAAGAAAUUGAUGCUCGGCCUGCUAAGAAGGUGGCAGAAGCCAAAGCCCGAAAGAAACGGGUUGCCUUCAGGAAACUAGAGAAGGUCAGGAAAAAGGCAAAUUCAAUAUCCGACCAGGCAGAUAUCUCUGAUCGCUCUAAGAGGAAAAUGAUCGAACAGCUGUAUAAGAAGGCAGCACCAAAAAAACCAGAAAGGGAAUAUGUGGUCGCAAAGAAAGGAGUCCAAGUCAAGACUGGGAAGGGGAAAGUGCUUGUUGAUCGACGAAUGAAGAAAGAUGCCAGGAAGCAUGGAAUGAGCAAACAAGGGAAAGGGAAGAAGGGAAAGCAGACAGGCAAAGGAUCAAGGAAGAGUUCAGGG